AUGGAGGUAACUGCAGUACAAGUUUCCUGUACUAAAGAACUCUCUGAAAAUUUAAACACCAAAAAGUAAAACUGAAGAAAAAAAACCGCAUUAACUGAACAUCUUGGCUGCAGUCAAAUCAAUUUUCACAUGGUAAAGGAGCAACCCACUUUUUCAAUGUUAUCGGUGGUCACAGGCAAGGAUACCAGGCAGAUAUAAGCAUGUCACCAGCUUAGUGAAUUGGAAGUCACAAUUUUGCUGGUCUUCCGGCUUGGGCCAUUUCAGUUGUGAGGCCAAUUCCCCUUGUGAUCAAUGGUGUUAAAAUUCAUGACGUAUCUCAAAUAUUUUUACAGUUAAAGGGAACUUAUGUGGUCAGUUUAAAAAGGCAGAGUUUAGUUGGUUUUCUUCUUGCUACGGCAAGUGAUGCAAUGGCAAUCAAACCAGGUCUUCAGGUUUCUCAGCAGGAUAAUUGUAUUAUUCAGCUCAAGGACCUGCCUGCGAUGUUGGCAGAUGAAGUUAAAGAACUGUUAGUUAAGUCAGACACAGGUAAAAAAAUUCGACACCCAAGCCCUAGACAUCCACCUCACUUCAAUGGAAAGUAG